AGUUUGUAACCGUUUGUUUCGAAAGUUUGAUUAAGAAACGUCAAAACAAACAAUUACAAACAUGGUUAAUAUAAAAUAUUUAAAGUGAUAUUAUUUGAAAUGUGGUCGUAUCAUCAUAUUAUAACAUUUAUUUUGACAUUUUCAAGCUAUGCUCUGUUCCAUGCAACGAGGAAGACCUUCAGCAAUGUAAAAUCCACCAUUUCCAGUGAGUGGACCUCAACACCAGGCAAUGAAACACACUGCAACAAACCAGAUACAUUGUGGACAGCACAUCACAUGUACGCCAAGUCUGAUGAUGCUGAAACUUACCUUGGUGUUCUCGAUGCAGUGUUCAUGAUAGCAUAUGCCGUUGGUCUCUACAUCAGCGGUGUGCUGGGAGACAGAUAUGAGCUCAGGAAGGUUCUCUCCAUUGGCAUGUGUUCCACGGCAGUCAUGGUGUUUGUGUUUGGCUGUGUAUUUGAGUGGACCCAUUUCUACAACCAGUACCUGUACGUGAUAGUCUGGAUACUGAAUGGUCUCCUACAGUCGACUGGAUGGCCCACGGUGGUGGCGGUCAUGGGAAACUGGUUUGGCAAAUCUAGCCGGGGCUUUGUUCUGGGUGUGUGGAGUGCCUGUGCGUCCGUUGGCAACAUCAUUGGGGCUCUCAUGGUCUCCCAGGUGCUUCACUAUGGAUAUGAUUUUGCCUUUCUGGUAACCUCGACUGCCUUGUUCGCGGGUGGAGUGAUCAAUAUCUUUGGCCUUGUCAAUUGCCCGAAGGAGAUAGGCCUACCCAGCCCUGAUGAAGACAUGCAUUAUGUAGACUUGGAGGUAAAUAAGGCACGGUUUUCACCGGACAUUCAGUAUGACACCAGACCGGAGGACUUGGACGAUACUGCUGCUCUGCUGGGACAUGAUGGUGAUUCAGACGUUCAAACACAGACUCUGGUUCUCAGGGAGCCACCGUCUGGCCAGGCCUUGAGCUUCAAGAAAGCACUUUUGUUACCUGGUGUUCUUAUGUAUGCGUUUGCCUAUUUCUGCCUGAAGCUGGUCAACUAUUCCUUCUUCUUCUGGCUUCCCUACUACCUGCAUGCCUCCUUUGGAUGGAAGGAGUCAACAGCCGACAAGAUCUCCAUCUGGUACGACAUCGGAGGCAUCGUGGGAGGUACAUUUGCUGGUGUGAUUUCAGACUGCCUUGGAAAGCGAUCAGUUGUUGUUGUACCAAUGCUGGUAUUGGCAAUACCUUCCCUUGUUGGAUUCAAAAAUUCCCCGAAUGACAUGACCAUGAACGCAGUGCUGAUGACUAUCACAGGGUUCUUCAUUGGAGGGGUGGCUAAUCUGAUCAGUGCAGCGAUAUCUGCUGACCUUGGGAAGCAGGGCCCUAUACAAGGAAACAAAGAGGCACUGGCGACAGUGACAGGCAUUGUGGAUGGGACUGGCAGUGUAGGGGCAGCUCUCGGGCAGAUACUUGUUCCACUACUUCAGGAGAAACUGCAAUGGCCGUCUGUAUUUUACCUAUUUAUAAUCAUGACAGUGUGUACUAUACUGUGUAUCAUUCCAAUGCUUCUGCGAGAAGUUCCUGAGUUGUGGUCUGAUAUCAAAGUCUGCUGCAGCAAAUACACAUUUACAUGGUACUGCGGAUUGUACAAACGACAAGCGAAAGAUUUGGUGCCCGUGUCCAUCAAUGAUGAUGAUGAAGACUUGUUCUCUGAUUAAUAUUUCAGUGUGUGUUUUUCAACAUCAUUUUGAUUUAGCGAUCUGAACUGAAAAUGACUUGUAUUUAUUUUUUUUGUACAGUUUUUAUUUUAUUGAAAUUUAUUUAUUCUAGUGUAUGUUGUUUGGUGCUGUGGCUUGUUUUGGUUAUUGUGUUAAGUCUUUUAUGAUAAAGCAGGCAUAGGCUCAUUUACCGGUAAUUAUAAGCAUGUUUUUUAUUUCUAGCCAAGUGUCCAUUAUUCUUAUUAAAACUACAGGUGUGUCAAAAGGUUUGAAUACACAGUUUUCAACGUGGCAGAAAUUAUAGAUGUCAGUUUUCCUAUAUUUGUUUUGGUAAUUUUAAGAGAAAGUAUUUUUAUGCCCCCUGUAGGGUGGCAUAUAGCAGUUGAACUGUCCGUCAGUCAGUAUGUCAGUCUGUCCAUCCGUCCGAAAAAAAACUUUCACAUUGGCCAUAACUUUUUAAAUAUUGAAGAUAGCUCCUUGAUAUUUGGCAUGCAUGUGUAUCUCAUGGAGCUGCACAUUUUGAGUGGUAAAACUUCAAGGUGAACAUCAUCCUUCAAUGUCUAGGGUCGAAAAAACAAAGUCAAGGGAAGUAAUAAGCUUUAAAUGGACAUAGUUAUCUGACCUGCCCACGUAUAUAUUUUUGUUAAAUAAAUCAAAGCGGCGCAGUAGGCGGCAUUGUGUUUCUGACAAACACAUUGUGGUAAAAGGUCACGGUCAAGGUCAUCCUUAUCGGUCUACGGUAAAAAAUACAGAUUUAAGGGAAGUAAUAAGCUUUAAAAAGGGAGAAAAAUUUUAAAUAUUGAACAUAGCCACUUUAUAUAUUUGGCAUGCAUGUGUAUCUCAUGGAGCUGCACAUUUUGAGUGGGGAAUCUACAGUCACGGUAGUGGCUUUUAAUUAUUUGCUACUAAAAAAAGAGAUUUGUUACAGACAAUUAUUUUCAAGGGAAGUAAUUUAUAUAAUUAUAAAUCUCAUAUAUUUCCUUACCAAGAAUUGAAGUUCUUUUCACAGUUACUGUACAGAUUUAUUAUUUUGAUUAUUUAUAACCCAAAUGAUUGAUUUUUCAAAGUUUUUUUUAAAUGAUAUAAUUACAAUUUCUUUGAUGUUAAUUACAUACCUGUGGUCUUAUGUCCAUAGAUACAUGAUCAACUCUGACUAUGAUCUCUUUUAAACCACAGGCCUUGGUUGUCAGUGAUGUCUGACAUGGUCAUAAUUGACCGUGAGACCCCCCCCCCUACACCCCCCGGUUGGAUUGGACAAAAUCCAAGGGAAGUAAUAACCUUUAAAGGGAGAUGAUUUCUAUACCUGCCAAAUGAUAAAUAGAAAUUCUAUUUCAAUGCGGCGCAGUAGGGGGCAUUGUGUUUCUGACAAACACAUCUCUUGUUUGGUUAUCAAUUUUUGGUCGGGAAAAGUUUGUAAUUCUAACAUAUUUUUUGUUGCAAAAAUUCUUGUUCUCAAAGAAACCACAAUUUUUUUACUAUAGCUACAACUUUAUUACAAUUUGUCAUAAGUGCUGUUUCAUACCAUUGUAAAAUAUUGGCAUUUCUGUCGAGACUAAUGUUGCAAUUGAUAUAAUUAUGUACCAGUAAUAAGAACAAAUGCGCUUGAUCAAAUAAUAUGAAAUUAUUGUUAAAGGGACCUUUUCACAGAUUUUGGCAUGUUUUGAAGUUUGUCAUUAAAUGCUUUAAAUUGAUAAAUGUAAACAUUUUAUACUUUAUAUACGCAAUGCUUGUAGUGUCACAAAAUAUAACAACAGAACUCUUCAAAUUAUCCAAUCAUUUUGUGUUUUAAAUGCUUAAUAAUUUUCAGGCUUUAAAUCAUGAAAAGAUGCAUAUAAUGGAUGGUAAAUGUUCAGUAUUGCUGUCUCCUGGCAAAUAUCAUAACAACAACGAAAGUUUGCAAAUCUGAUUUUUUUUCAAUUUUGUCAAUUUACCGAAACGUGAAAAGGUCCCUUUAAAGCAUUUACAUUCCAAAUACUUGAUUUGUUUCUGUAUGUUGUCUUUAUAUUGGAUGGACAAAAAAAAUUACAACCGGUACUAUAAUCUGACUGUGAUAAAUUAUUGUUUAAUGAAUAACAUGUUGUUGUUUUUUAUUUUAAAUGUACUGACAUGUGUUUUAAAAUGCAAUUUAUGUAAUGGUGCAAGUUUAUUGUGUGUAAGAAAAUUCGUGUCUCUGCCAUUGCUUUGCCAUAUAUUCUAUUUACAUAUUCUCAAACAUAUUCAUUUUUAAAAGACUUUUGCUGUCAUAUUGAAUUACUAUUAGUUUAGUAUAUGAAUUUCGAAUAAAACACUAAAGAAAGUUUAUGCAUUCAUAAAAAAAUGUUUUUCCUAAGCAACAACAAAUGAUAAGAAAAUAUGUACGAGGUCAAAGAAUUAAACUUUUAGUUUAGUAAGAACAAACCCAACUUGUUGCGAAUCUUAUUUCAAGACCUGCAUUAUAAGUAAAUACUUUUAAUUAUAUCACAUUUUUCUAUCUUUAUAUGGCUGAUUUAAAAAAAUAAAACUGUUGUACAUCAAAACCAUCUUGUAUGGAUUUAAAAAAAAGAUUCGCAUUCAUUUUAAUUGCUUUAUUUUUUACUAAAAUUGGUCAGCUUGUAUGCUUAUAUAUGUAAAUUAUUUGAAUAUUUCUUUAUUUCCCUUACAAUUCUACAACGAAGCCUCAGAAUACUUGAGUGAUAUUAUGGUCAUUUUUUACUGUUGAAUUGAGCUUAAAAGAAUUAACAGGUCAAAAGAGUAAGUUAAAAUGUGGUUACUGGCCAAUUAUCUGCAAACAUAUUGCUACCAGUUGUUUAUAAAAAAUAUAUAUAAUGUUGGAUAUUUUACAUGACUGGAUAGUCCUCUCAGCCGAAAUGAUCCGUAAAACAAAAUAGUGUCUUUGUGUCGUAUGAACGAAUCUGCACUAAAACGAAAUUUAAAUUCACAUAGUAAAUCGAAUCAUUUCUGUCGUCAGUUAUCAAAACGAAAAUACAUUAUUUUUCUCUUUCCGGGAUAUUGUUUUAGUAUGUUGAUGCUGCAUUAACAAAUAUAAGUUUAUAUGAAGUGAAAACACCAAAAAAUAAACUACGGUUGCGAUAGACACCUAUAAACUGUAAGAUGCCUAUAAUAUCACUUUAAGUUUAAAAGGCUUCAUUUCCAAACCUAAGUUACUGAUGAGCAGCAAACAGCAUAUAACCUGAACAGACUGCGAGUUACUCUCAGGCUGUUCUAGUUUUAUGCUGGUUCCAAAGUCUUUUUCACUUUGUUUUGUAUGGGGGAAAGGGAUAUAUUCUGUCAAUUAUUCUGCAAAAAAAAACAUGUACUUGUUAAAAAAACAUUCUGCAUAAGGAUGCAGUUUAUAAAGAUUGCGUAAUAUAUGUAAUUGAUUUGUUCUUGCCAAAAUGUUAUCUUCCAACAUUUGAACCAUAUCUUACAUGAAUAUAUGAGUCUUCCAUGUCAUAGAAUAUUUUGUUAUAUUUUAUGUACUUGCAUCUUACAGCCAAUUAAAAUCUUUUUAAAGCUUGA